AUGUUCAAAUUACCUGAUCAUACUCAAUCGAAUAUUAAUCAAACUUCUCUUAAUAAUAAAUAUACAUCCGAAUUUGAAUCUGAAGAUGUUCAUGUUUGGACGAAAUUUUUUGAUCGAUCACAAAUACUUGAUGAAAACGAUCGUCAUCGAAUAAAUCAUAUAUUUAAUAAACUUGUAACAAGUAUCGUUAAAUAUGAACGAGAACAAGAUUUUCAAUUACUUGAGGCACUUGCUAAACGAGUAUUAUCUACUGAUAAUGAUAGAGAAGAAAAUGAGGAACCAUUCAUCUUAACAAUAUUUGAUCAAGAACGAUUAAUAAAACUUCGUACACUUUGCAAACGUUUAAAACAUUAUAAUUCUAUUGAAAAACUACUCUCAACUAUGUUCAUUCCAGACACAACAAACGAAUUAAUUCUUCCACCAAUUAAUAAAACAAAUCAUCGAACUCGUUUAUCAUCGCUUUCUUUCGAUGAUGCCCGUAUAUCAUUACCAGUUAAGAAAAAAUCACGAAUAUCAACUACACAAUCUCCAACAUCUACUGAAACGAAACCUAAACAAAUAAUGAUGCAUGGUCCAGUAACAUUACAAAAUAUUUAUCAAGCAUUACCAGCAGCAACACUUCAGUUUGCUGAAGAUGAAUAUGUUUGGCAUGCUAAUCGUCCAGUUAAUAUGAUAUUAGCUACGGGAGUUCAAUUACCAAAUGUAUUAACAGAAGCAGCAGCAAAUACGAAUAUUGAAAGUGAACAAUUCUUUUCAAAUAUGAUUGAAGAUAUUAUUACUGAAUAUCAAAAACGACAUCCAGGUGAUCAUUAUUCUGCAUUAAAACAAUGGAAACAAAAACACAAUGUUGAUCAUUACACUGAAUCAAUAACACCUAAUCGAAUGAAUGGGUUUGAAACACUUAUUGAUGUUGUACAACGACGUCAUUUAGGAAAAUUACAACGAUAUUUUCUUAAUGUAGUUUCAACAAAUCGUCAUUUUAAUCCAUAUGAUCUUAUUACAGUGCCUGAUAAUAAAGUUAAUCCAGAAAAUCAUUAUGUUUUUUCAGUAUUUGGAAUAUUACAUGUUCGACAAAGUGGACAAGAUGUCGAAUUUCUUGAAUUAGCUGAAUGGUAUAGACAUGCAAAAUUAUGGCAUGCAUGUCAACAAAUUCCAUUUUUUCGAGAUUAUCUCGUGAGAAAACAAUUCAAUUUAUGGUUAUCUAAUGCUCGAUUUGUUCGAUUUGCUCGACGUCGAUUUGAAAUAAGUGAAAAACAUCUUUUAUUCAUACAUAAUCCAAUAUUCCAAAUGGCAAUACUUGAAAUUCGACGUGUUAUUCAUGAAUAUCAACGAUUAACAUUACUCCCACAAUUAUUUUCAGGAGCAUCAUUAUCAUUUAAUGAUCUCGAAACAACAGUUAAUGAACAUACAAGAGAUAUAAUAGAAUAUACAAAAAAAUUUUAUAAUCAUAUUAAAACAAUUCUUAAUAUGACACGUGAAACAUCUGGAAAAAAAUUACAUGCCAUUUUAAAAUGUCUUAAUGAUGAUACUCUGAUGUUUAAUACAGCAUCUGCUUCAUUAUAUGAACAACGAAUAAGAAAAGAAAAUUUACGUAAAGAACUUGAACAAAUGCAAAAUGAUAUUCGAAAGAUUUGUCCAUUUUUAAAUUUAUGCUCAGCUAUGUUAGCAUCUUGUUUAUGUUAUAUGCAAUAUGAAACAUUAUCACAAUUUAAUCUUUCAAAUGUAACACUUCUAACAAAACUUUAUUUAAGUGAUACGAAUUCCAAUCAUAUGCUUCAAUAUUUUCCAUCUCGAGAUGAUUAUCUUGAAAUACUUCAAUUAAUUUUACAUAAACCACAACAAAUACUUGAAGAACAAUGGAAAAAUAUUUUAGAAUUAAAUACUUGUUUAAGAAAUACUGAUAAAUUUGGUGAAAUUGCUCGACAAGAAGGAUUAACAAGUCAAUGUGAAAAAUGUGGACAAGAACUCUAUCCUGGUCUACAAGAAACAUCAUCAAAUUCGUGUAAAUGUAAAAAACAACAAUCAAAAGUUUCGACGAAUGAAUCAAAUGAUCUGUUAAUCAAAGGUCAUGGAUUUUUUGGUAGUACAACACGAAAUGAGAUUUUACCAUUCGAGCUUAUAUUCACAAAAGAUACAAAAUAUGAAGAUGAAAUAAAGAAUAUUUUAUCACAAGUUAAUUUAUCAUUCGAUGAAUUAGAUUCAUAUUGUGAAUCAAAUGAAUGGUUAUGUGAAAUAAAAACAUUCUGUUUACAAUGGACACCAAAUCAAAUGAAACAAUUAUCAGAAGGAAAACAAAUAUUUCCUAUUGAAGAACAAUUAAAACUUCUUCGUGUUUGGAUUGAUAAAACUCGAACAUUUGAAUUAACAUUUUCAACAUCAAUAUCUCCUUAUGUUAUUCAAAUGAAUUGUUCUGUGAUAACUGAAAAUCUUUAUAAAGCAAUUCAUAAAAUUAAUUUAGAUCUUGGAAAAUAUCUUUAUGAUUAUGCUUUUUCAAAUAUAGAUAGAUUUAUUAAGAAAUUUCAACAUGCUUGUGAAGUAUUUGAUCAACGACCUAAAGCUCUUGAAGAUUUUUCUCAAUAUGUUAGUUUUUUAACUUCACAUAAAACAGAAUUAUCAUCCUAUCAACAAGAUAUUGAUUAUCUUACAACUCUUUAUGAAAUUGUAUCUACACAUUUUGGUCAUUUACGUCAAGAUAAUGAUGAGGAACCCGUUCAUAAACAAUUAAUUGAAAUAUGGAAAAUAUUUCAAGAAAAAUUAUCUGAUGGUGCAAAUUUUAUUGUACAAGAAAUUUUAAUUGUUAAAGAAAAUUUACGUGAAAUCUUUGACAAAUUAUUACAUGAAUGUGACAUAUUACAUGACGAAUCAACAAGUGGAAAUUUUCUUGAUCCAACACAAGAUCCAUUACAAAUGAUUAAACAAUUAAAAAAAAAUUCUAUUCAAUUUGAAAAUCUUGCAAAACAAUUAAAAAAAUAUGCAGAUUGGAGAAUACUAUUAGCGGCAAAUAGUUUAAAUCCUUUAGAUACAGAUCAAAUCGAUAUGAAUGAUAUGGAUGAUGUUAAUUGUUGGUCUAUGGAAAUUGAAUAUAGAAAAGAUUUAUGGAAAUAUGUUGAAAUAACAUCAACUUCAAUUAAAGAAUGGAAAAAUACAUUUCUUAAAAAAUUUAAUAUUCCUCGAGCACGCGAAAAACUUGAAUGUUGGUUAAAAAUAGCUGAAGAUUUUAAAGAAAAAAUCUCGUCGGAUGAUCCAAUUGUUUGUUAUUGGAUAGAAAUGCUUACAAAUUUUGAACAAAAUAUUGAAUUACUUGAAAAAUUAUUAAGUGAUGCUAUGACUGGAGAACAAUGGAGACUUCUUUUUCGUGCAAAUGGUCAUGAUUAUGAUCCACAAUUUAAUUAUCGUAUACAAGAUUUAAUUGAUUUAAAUAUUCUUCGUAUUGAAAAUUAUGAUGUUUUCAUGCAAAUACAUAAACAUGCAACAAAAGAACAAAAACUUAAAGAAAAAUUAUCACAAAUGCAAACAUGGUUAAAUGAACUUUAUUAUCGAAUGAUUAAAUAUGGAUCUGCUCAUAAAACAAACUCAGUUCAAAAGCGUUUAACAUCUUCUUAUCGUCAACGUCUAAAUCGAUAUCGUGAUUUACGUUCACGUACAUCAAUGAAUCAAGAAAAUUCACCCGAAACAGUUUCAGCUAAAGAAACAUCAAUUGGACAUGAUGAUGAAGCUUAUAUUAUGCUGAAUUCUCAAGAACUUCUUCGUUUAAUUGAAGAUCGUUCAUUAUUAUUACAUACAAAUGAACCAUUUCAUAUUGAUAUGGAUAAUUGUCGUGAACAAUUUCAACAAUAUUAUAUAUUAUUUGAUGAUAUUAAAUAUAUAACACAAACAUGGUAUGAAAUACAAAAUAAAUGGAUGUUUUUAAGAAGUGCUUUACUUAAUUUAAAUAUAACAAAUGAUGAUCAAACAUAUUUAAAAGAUUUUUACCAAAAAUUUAUAAAUGUUGACGAAAGUUUUCGAACUUUUCAAAAAUUUGCAUUUCAAAAUCCAUCUGUUGCUGGUUUAGUUAAAGUUGAAAUGAAUCAAAAAUAUUUUCAAAACUGGCUACAAAUUUUCGAUGAAUUAAUAAAAGAAUUUGAAUUUUAUUUAAAUGAACAAUAUCGAUCAAAAUUUAAUCGAUUUUACUUUUUAACAAAUCAUGAACUUAUUACUUUAAUUUCAUUUGGUCUUGAUCCAAGAUAUUAUAUUCCAUAUGUCAGACAAUUAUUUCAAGGUAUUCAUAAUAUUCAAUUUCAUUUACCAGAACAAUCAAUUGGAGCAUCAACAAAUCAAGCAAUUAAUUCAGCUGCUAUUGAUAUUUAUGCUUAUCGAUUGGAAGGUGUGUCAAUAUCAAAUAUAAAUAAUGAAGAAUUAUCAUUAAUAUCAAAAUUAAAAUUAUCUUUACCAUCAGUCGAUACUACUGGAUUAAAUACGCAUAUAAUUAGUAGUCAAAGUUUAACAAAAUGGUUUAGAUCGUUGGAAAAUUCAAUGAAACAUUCAUUAAGAAAAUAUAUUUUUCAUUUAUUGGAUAAAAAAAUUAAUGAACAAUUAGAUAAUAUAUUUUGUGAACAAACAACAAAUAAUUUUAAUGAGAAUGAAUACCCAUUACAAGUUACUUCAAUUGUUGAACAUAUUUUAUUUAAUACAAUACUUGAGAAACAAAUCGAGAAAAAAUCAAAAUUAUUUAUUCGAAAAAUCAAAUUACAAAUUGAAGAGAAAAUAAAUCAAUUAAUUCAAAAUAAAAAUAAGCAACGAAAUUCUUUAAUUAUUCAACAAUUAUAUUUUCGAGAUGUUUUAACAAAAUUAAUUGAUCUCGAAGAUAACUUAACAUUAAAUAGUUAUGAAUGGUUAUCUUUAAUUAAAUAUGAAAUCAAUCUAAAUGCUCGAACACAUAAGAAAAUUAAUUUUCUACAAUUUUCUAAUCGAAUUUAUUACAAUUUUGAAUAUAUGGAACCAUCAUCCACAUUUAUUAUUUCACCAUUAAUGGAAAAAACAUUAUUUCAAUUAACUCAAGCAAUUUGUACAUAUCGAAUUGGAGUUGUUCAUGCACCACCACAAUAUGGACGAUCAUCAAGUAUUCAUACAUUAGCACAGUUAUGUGGAACAAAUUUUGUUAGUUUAUCAUGUAAUUCAGUAACCGAAGUUGAACAAAUAAAAAAUUUUCAUCAAGGUUUAAUUACAUCAAAUAAUUGGUGUUUAUUCAAAGAUAUUCAUCGACUUUCAACAGAUUGUUUAUCUUCAUUGGCAAUUGCUAUGCGUUAUAUUCGUAUGCAAUUAGAAGAACGUCAAACAUUAUUCAAUAAUUCUUAUCAAUCACUUAAACGAUCAAAAUCUCAAUCAGAUUUAGUUAAUUCAUCACCAUCGUCAUUGCAAAUUUCUCAAGAUAAAAUCUAUUCAAAUGAAUAUCCAAUGAUUAAGAAAAUCGAUGAUGAUUAUACUUUUAUCAUCGAUACUAAUCAAGAAAUACUUCAAUAUCCAUUAACAUAUGGAGUAUUUGCUACAUUUGAUGAUUAUUAUCAACCUUUAUCAUCAACUAUUAAAUUUGAAUGUCGAACAAUUUCAAUAUCACGUCCUGAUUUUAAAAUUCUUGCUCAAUCAUUAUUAUAUAUAAAUCGAUUAUUUACAAUCGAAGAAUAUGAAAAUUGUUCUAAAACAGCACAAAAUCUCGUUGAUUUUCUUGAAUGUUCACAAUUAAUUUUUGAUGAAAUGAAAUGUUUUUAUUCUCCAUAUAUACUUCUUCGAUCAAUAAUUGAACAAUCGAUAAAUAUGAAUAUAAAACAAGCAAUUAUUACUAUAUUUAAACAACAUCAUUUAUAUGAUUCAAAUAUACAGAAAAUAAUUGAGAAAUUUUUUAAUGAAAAUUCCAAUGAAGUCAAUGAAAAUGAUAAUGAAUUCUGUUUUGUUGAUAAUUUAAAACAAGAAGCAUAUGAUAAUAAAAUUACUUUUGAUGAUGAUGAUAUAUUUAAUAAUGCAUCUCGUUUAAUGAAUGCAGUUAAACGAAAUGAUUUUAUAUUUAUUAUUGGACAAUGUGGUUCAGCUAAAUCAAGUUUAAUUCGUCUUGUUGAACGAACAAUGAAUAAACAAAUGAGUUUGACUAAUACUAAUUCAAAUGAACAACAGAAAACAAUUGUACCAUAUACAAUAUUUCCAAAUUCAUUCGAUGAAGAUCAAUUUUAUCAAACAAAGAAUAGUUUUAUUGAACAAUGGAAACAAUAUUAUACAAUAACACAUGCAAAUGAUACAAAUUCAGAAGAAUAUUGGAUUAUUUUUGAUAUUGAUUCUCAUACAAAUUGGUUAACAUGUGAAAAAAUUCAAUAUUUAUAUAAAGAACUUCUUUCUUCUGUAUCGCGUCAAAAUGGUUCGAUAAAAUUCAUCAUUGAAUGUGAUAGUUUACCAAAUGAUUUUUCUCAUAAAAAUUCCAUAUUUGAUCAAAGUUAUACAUUAAAUCUUAAUAAAUUUCAAUCUCGAACGAAAUUAAUUCAAUCAGCUGUAACGAAUCUUGAACUAAAACUUCAUUUUAGAGAUUCAACAUUAUCAUCAAUACAAGAUUUUAUCAAUGAUAUUAUUGAACCUUAUAUAGAAUAUAUCGAAAAAGAACAUAUUUGUCAAUCAUAUAUAAAUAAUUUAACAGAUUCAUUUAUUAAAAUUCUUUUAGCAUUUAUUGAACAACAUGUUAUUGAUGUACAAAAUCAUCAUCAUGCUCUUGAUUAUGUAUUUGCUUAUUGUUUUAUAUGGGCUUAUGUUCAUCCAAUUCAUCCAAAAUAUGAACAACAAGUUACUUUAUUUGUUCGAGAACUUUUAAAAUCUUAUAAUUUUCCUUCAAUAAAUUGUAAAUUAACUGAUUUAUAUCCUGAUAUGGCUGCAACACCAUCAGCUUGUUUUAUUCCUGUUCAAUUAUGGUUAAAAACACAUGAUAUAACUUAUAAUUGUAUACCUGAAUUUGAAGGUGCCAUGCGUUUAAUGUCAAUACUUGUAACAUACAAUUAUCCAAUAGGUAUUUAUAGUUAUGAACAAGGUUUAGGUAAAACAACAUUAAUGAAAAAUUUAUUAACGAAUAUUUCUCAUGUUCGUCUCAUUUCAACUGGUGAACGAAAAUCAAUAUUACGUGAUGAAUUAUAUAAAUAUAAUUUACCUUUAUUAUCACUUGGGAAAAUAACACAAGGAACAAAAUUUGUACUUUGGUUUGAAGAUGUUAAAGAUGAUGAUGUAGAUUUAAUUCGUUCAUUAAUCGAUGAAUAUUCGUCAUCAAAACAACAAAGUUUAAAUAUUGUUUUAACUGGUCAAUCAUAUUAUUCGUAUUCAUCACGUUUUUCAAGACAUUUCAUUCCAAUUAUUAUUCAAGAACCAAUUUCAACGUUGAUUAGUUCAAUUUAUUCAAUAACAGUUAAAGAUUGGUUAGAAGAAUUUCCUGUUGAUGCAAUAAAUCAUCCAGUUGAAUUAGCUCAUGCAUGUCUUUUAACAUUAGAAGAAAUAUUUGAGUUUUUAAAAGAAAAUUUCAAAAAAAUUCAAUGGAAUUUACAUCAUGCUGAUGCUGUUAUUAAUGGAAUGUUUCUUUUAGAAGCGAAAGCUAAACGAAAUGGUGGUGGUGGAAAAUCAAAUAAAGAAUUAAAUAAAAUAACACCAAGAUUUAAUAAAAAAAAACAAGGAGAACAAAUUGCCAUUAUUAUUCGAUUAUUAUGUCAUGAACUUUCACAAGUCAUACUUGAUCGAUUAACAAAUACGAAUGAUCGUAUUCUAUUUCAAGAAUUCCUUUAUAAAACAAUUAUAGCAAAUUUUUGUACAGAAUUGGAAUUUCAUGUUGCCCCAAAUAAUAGUUUUGAUACAGAUCAGAAUUUUCCAGAUAACUCAUCAAUUACAAAUCCAUCAACAGUUGUAAAAAAACAAGUUAAAUUUAAAUUAAAUUCUUCAAUUGAACGAGCAGCAAUACCUCCAUUAGAAGGACCUAUUAUUUCAUUUGGAAAAAUAAUUGGUAUACCAAAAUUAAAAGAUCCAUCAAAAAUACCUGAUACAGAAGUUAUAAUUGAAAAAUUAACUAUGUCAACAUAUUUUUCUAAACAAAUUCCUUCAAUGCAUACAAAUUUUACGGGUGAAAAAGAUUUAAAUACAAAUCAAUAUCAAGAAUUAAAUGAUAUUCAAAUGAAUACAGCACUUCAAUCAUGUCAAUCACAUAUGGGCAAAUUAACACAUAUGGAUUUAGCAUUUCUUCCUCGUACAUGUCGUCAUAUAGCCAAUCUUGUUCGUGUAUUUUCUUUACCACAAAAUGGUCAUGCAUUACUUCGAACUAAUCAUAUUGGUUUAGGUCGUCAAGAUUUAGUUCAAUUAUCUGCUUAUAUAGCUGGACAACAAUUUUUUGAUGCACAUAGUUAUAUACCAAAUAUUGAUGAAAAUCAAUCAGUUAAACAAUGUCUUCGAUCAUCUUGUCUUUUAGCUGGAUUAAAACAAAAAAAUAUUGUUGUACUUAUACGAGAAAAUUUUCUUUCGGAAGAAAUGAUUAAACAAUUAUAUGUAUUUACAUGCGAAGGGAUUUAUCCAGGUCUUUAUUCAAAUGAAGAACUUAUUCGUAUUGCUGCUGCACUUUCACCUGGUUUACCAACAAAUCGUCGAGUAACAAAAACAAGUUCAGUUUUAAGAACAUUCUAUGGAAGAAUUAGAAAACGAUUACAUUUAGUUAUACUUGAAAAUGAUCGACAUCUUCAACAUAAAGGUUUAUUAUCUUCAUGUUAUGUAGAUGAAUAUAAUAAUUGGACAAAAGAAGAAAUAACAUCUAUUGCGAAGUAUUGGAUGGCAAAAAAAGUUAAUGUUAUACAUACAAUGGAACCAACAUCAUCAUUUGAUUUAGCUUGUCAAGCUUUGGCGGAAAUCUAUUUAUCGAUGGAACAUUUUCGAUUAUUUACUUUAAAAAAUAUUCGAAAAACAAUUGAAAUCUUCUUUAAAUUCUAUCAAACUAUUCAUGAAAAAGAAUCCUUUCGUUUAUCUCGUUGUGAAUCAAUGCUUAAUCGUACGAAUAAAUCUAAACAGGUUAUUCAAAUGAAUGAAGAAUUAUGUGUUGAACUUCAAAAUGAAAUUGAUAUUUUACAAGAAAUAUUAUCUGAAUUAGAUAAUGAACUUAAAAUAAGAAAGAAAAAUUUUUCUCUUGCUGUAGAUGAUUGUCGUGAAGAAGAAAAAUUAUUAAAUGAAAUGUUGACUGCAUUAGAACGACUUCGUAAAGAUGUCGAAGCUGCUGUUGCAAAUGCUAAUCCACAAUAUGAAAAUGCUUUAAAUGCAUUAAAACAAUUAAAUAAAGCUGAUUAUGAUGAAAUUCGAACAUUUAGACAACCACCACAACCGGUACUUGCUGUUAUGAAUACAAUAUGUAUUAUGUUUCAUCGAAAACCUGAAUGGUCCGAAGCGAAAAUUUUAAUGACAAAAGACGAUUUUUUUGACGAUCUGAUUUUUUAUGAUAAAGAUAAUGUAUCCGAUGAAGUAUUUGAUAUGUUAACAAAAAUAGUUAGUUUUGAUACAUUUCGUCCAUCAUUUGUUAAAACUGCUUCGAAAGCAGCAUCAAGUCUUUGUGCAUGGAUUCUUGCUGUUUAUGAAUAUGCCAAAGUGGCACGAGCACAAAAAACAUUACGUGAACAAGUUAAAGCUUAUGAAGAACUUUAUAAUAAGCGUCAACAAAUUUUGGGUGAAAAACGUCUUUAUGCUGAAAAAUUAAAAGACGAAUUAGCUGAAUAUAUUAGAAAACGUCGUGCACAUUUUAAUGAUUUACAAUCGAAACAAAAACGAUUAAAUAAUUUACGAUCUGUAAUUGAUCAAACGCAAUCUAUGUUGAAAUUAAUUGCUAAUGAUAUUUCUCAUUGGCAAGAUCAACUUCAACAAGGAAAAUUAAAUAAAAAAACUGUUAUUACUGAUGCACUUCUAAUCUCUCUUUAUUUUUGUUAUUUAUCACAAUUUAAUAUUGAUCAACGACAACAAUUAUUAAUUAAUUGGCAAACAAAUAUUUUACAAAGUAUAUUACCAAUUCGAUCCAAUUUUAAUCUUCUUGAUAUUAUUACUGAUGAAAAAGAAUUAAAUGAUUAUUUGUUAAAACAUGAAACAAGAACAAUGCAUGAUAAAAAUUCAAUUUUAAAUGCAAUUAUAUUAGCUAAUCAACUUGAUACAACAUUUGUUUUAUUUAUAAAUAAUCCUGAAAAUGAUAUAUUACUAUGGAAUGAUUUAUUGAUUAGUUUAAAAGAUCUUAAUGGAGAAAGAGCAAAUCACGAAAUUGAAUUAUAUUAUGAAUAUAAACAAAAUGCAAGUAAUAACUCAUCAGCUACAAGUCGUGGAACAAAUUCUCUAGAUCAAUCACAAGUUUAUUCACGUAUUAAUUCAAGUAAAACAUCUGUUACUGAAUUAACAGAAAAAUCAUCUGUUUGGGGAUCAUCAGCAAGUGCAUCUAGAGCAGCUACAUCAACACUUAUAUCAAAACCAGUUGGAAAAGUAACAUUAAAUGAUGAUGAAAAAAGUAAAUAUUCAAUUACAAUACCAGAAUUCUCUCUUGAAGACUAUCAAAGACCAACAAAUAAUAUUAUUUAUUUAUCUGGAAAACAAACAGAUGAUUUUGAUAAAGAAUUAUUAACUGCUAUGUUUUUCGGUAAUAUUGUCAUAAUUAAUGAAUGUGAUUUAUUAAAUUUAAAUCCAUUUGUGUAUCGAUUUAUUUAUUGGUCAUCAAGACGAGAUCAAUACUUGAGAGCAUUUCCAAAUCUCUAUCGUUUUGGUGAUCAAGAUAUAUUUAUUAAUUCAUCAUUUCGUCUUAUUCUUAAUUAUUAUCAAGUCGAUCAUAAUCAAUGGAAUAAUCUUUUAUUAAAAAAUCGUUUAAUUGAUAUGAGUUUAAAUUUAAAUAAACUCGAAAGUGAUUUUUGGCUUCGUUUGAUUGAAUUAAGAUGUCAAAAAGAUUUUAUAAAACAAGUCGGUUCAAAUCAUCGAAGACAAUUAAUAAGUUUGAAUGAACAAUAUCAACGACGUGAAAAUUUAACUGAUCUACUUGAAACAAAAGAAAAUUUAACAAUUGAUUCUACUGAAUUAUUAUCCGCAUUAAAUAAUUCGAAUGAAGAACGCAUUUCAAUUGAAUCUUGUCUGAAUGAAUAUCGUAUUCAAUAUAAUGUUUUAUGUACACGAACAGGAAGUGAAGCAUAUAAAGAAAUCGCAAGACAACUAGCACAAUUGUAUAUUUUAUUACGAGAUUCAAUAAUUGAAUUAAAAAUUUCAUUGAAUUGGUUUUUACAACUUUUAACAAAUAAUUUACCGCGACGAAUUGAAAUAACAACAAAUACAGAUCCAUCAAAUUAUAGUUCAGAUAUGAUUAAUAAAAUUCAAGCAAGAGAAACAUAUCUUCGCUGUUUUGAAUCAAUUUAUUCUUAUUUUCUAUCAAGUAUGUCGAAUGAACAACUUGAAUAUUUUCUUACAAUAUUUGCAUUAAUUACACAAGAUAAUAUUGAAAAUAUUUAUUUAUUUAAAUUUAUUCUUCAAAAACUUAAUCCGAUCAAUCAACAAAUAAUUCCAGAUUUUCUUGAUGAUAAAAAUCGACCAUUAUUUAUUAAUAAAUAUUCUUGGUCAUUAUGUCUUUCAAAUGAAAUCAAUAAAAAAUAUCCAAAUUUAUCCCAACAUUUAAUUGAUUAUGAAUAUGAAUGGAAAGAAUAUUUAUUUUCAACAAAUAAACUUGAUUUUAUGAAUAAAUCUCCAUAUGAAAAAUCAACAACAUUAACUAUUAUCGAUCGUUUUAUUCUUUCUAUUAUUUUAUUACCUAACAAAAUUCCUGAUCUUAUUCAUACGUUCUUAAUAUAUCAUUAUGGUGGCCUUCUACGUGAUAAAUCUCUCUCAUCCAUUGAUGAUGUUUAUCAAUUAACAAGUAGUAAAAUUCUUAAUCCAACAAAUAAUAUAAUUCUUGUUUGGAUAAGUUCAUCAGCAUUUAUUGAUCCAAUUGAUGAAAUUCGAAGAUUAGCAUAUGAAAUGAACCAAUCUAUUCGACUUGUAUCAUCCAUUGAGAAAAAACGUUUAAAUCGUUUUGUUGAAAGUGAAAAAGAUUGUUGGUUAAUUAUUACAAAUAUCGAUCUUUUCAAUGAUGAUCUUCAACAAAUUCAAGAUUUUCUAUUAACAUCAAAUGAGAAAAAAAUUUGGCUUAUUUGUGAUCCUUUAUAUCAAAAUAAAGUACCUCAUUGGUUAAUCCAACGAUGUUUACAAGUAUAUUUAAGUGAUUCGACUCAAUCAGCACUUUAUUUUCGUCUUCAACAAAAACUUUCAUCGAUUGAAAAUUUUAAAAAAUUACACAAACAAAUCGAACCAAUUCUUCAUAUACAUACAUAUAUGAUUUCGAAAAAAAUCUUUCCGAAUAAUUUUACGGAAAAUAAUUUUUUUAUUGAUUUAAAACAUUGUUUUGAUACAAAUCAAACCAAUAUGAUUGAUUAUACAAAUUUUAUUCAAAAUGAAGAUGAACAUACAUUAAUCCAGUAUCUUAAACAAAGUUCUGAUCCAUCUUCUCUAGUUAAAAUUCUACCAGAUCCAUUACAAUUACCAACAACUAAACUUUUCAUAACAUUUCAAUGUUUAUUCAAUAGUAUGAUUUUACCAACAGAAUUAGUUUAUUCAACAAAAGACGAUAAAAUGAUUCUUGUUGAACCAAUUGUUCGUAAUUAUUUAACAUAUCUUCGUUCAAUUGAUUCUGAUCAAUGUUUGGAUUCAACAAGUUCAUCAAUAAUGGAUUUAUUUAUUUUAAUUGAAUAUCGUUUAUUGCAGAAAUUACAGAAUAAUUUAUGUAAACAAAUGGAACAUCUUGUAGAAGUUUUUGAUAAUAUUGAAAUUCCUUCAUCAAAUACAAAUUCAUCAAUUCGAUCGAUUUUAUAUGAUUCAAAUUCGACGAUAAAUGAUUUUGUAACAAAUUGUGGUUUAGCUUUAGGAAAUCUUUCGAAAAACACAUCGAAUAAUAUUAAUUUAAGAUUUAUUCGUAGACGAAAACAAUUCAUUCAGCUUAUGCGUCUUCAACAAAAUGAAAAUCUCAUCUUUCAUUUAAAAUAUAAUGAAAAAUCACAAAGAAAAAAUAAUUUAUCCAUGUCAGGUAUUCAUUUAACGAAGAAUACUAAUAAAAAAGAUGUUAUUAUUUGUCUGGAUAAAAUUUCUCCAAAUGAUAUUCCUGUUAUGACAAGUAUUACAUUAGAUACAAAUGAAAACAACAUUCCAAGUUAUCUUCCAGUGAUUAAUAGUGAUAAAAAUAAUACCUCGGAACUUAUUUUAUUGUCGAUUGAUAAGCCUCAUAUUUAA